GCAGCUGUCAACAACGUCGACUGACACUGUCCCACUGCUUGUCAAAACGUUCUUAGCUACCCGUGCAGUUUUUUUCGUUGUAAAGAAAAACAUUGAAAAACUCCGGUUUGUGUGGCUGUUAUUAUCCCUUCGCCUAAGCAAUAGGAACUAAUACACGGCCACCGAUGAGUGUUUAUCGUAUUGCAAAGUGCUAGCUACCACUAGCAGUCGAAGAAAGCAAGUGUGUAAGAUUGGGGAGCUCCGUCCAUUUGUGUUUAGUUGUCGUGACGUUCUCUUCAGGAAGAGAAUACAGUAUCUUCGCUUUUAGAGCGUAAAUCCUACAAAAUGCAAACCGAAGCAAUACUACUAGCCCUAACUGGGUUAAUAUCAGUCGUCGUAACAUCUCCAGUGGUUGGAAAGCAUUCUUCAAACAUGCUGCAACCUUCGGCAGUUGCUGCGGAAAGUGGCCCAUUGAACACGAAUCAAACGGUGCAGGAAUCGCGAAUCCAGCGUUUGCAACACUAUUGUAGCGUAUCUUCGAAUGGCGCCGGUUGCUUUGCGUACAAAGAAAUGAUCGAAGUUGCGGUGAAAAAUAAGGUAGCCGAAGUUGAGCAUGUAAUCAACGAGGAGCUAUCCCACACCUUGUCCGAAAUUGAAGAUGAUUAUUUUUGUGGGGAUCUAUCAAACACCCUGAAACGAUUGCCUCCCAAUCUGUACUCACACACAUUGGAACCAUUCAAAAGGAUUCCCACCUGCGUUGGGUUGUGCUAUGUGAAAGAGAGUGGAUUAACGGAUGUGUGCAGAGCACUAAAUGUUGGAUAUAAACUGAUUAUACGAACGUUGAGCAAAGAAGAAAUCAAACAUCAAUCUAUGGAAGUUCCAGUUCCUGUUCCAGGGAAUAAACCGGAAAGUAUAAAAAAUCAAUCCGGUUUUGCCAAGAUAGUUCCAGCAGUGGCGGAAGAGAAGAAGCCAGCCACAGUGGCAAAUAAAGAUGGGAUUCCUCUGGCACCAAUUGGCAACGACACUGAAAAGUUUAUAAAAAAGGACAACAAAGAUAAAAAUUCCAAUUCGGCGGUCAUACUUACACCACUUUUAAGUGAUAGCAACCAGCCAAACAAACCGAAAGCAGAAGGAAAAGCAGUUGCUGUAGAAGCUGAUGCGGGUCCAAAAAUAGCUGAAACAGCACCAAAAGAACAGGUGCCCAUUCCGGAUCAGCCACCGCAGGAAGCAGUUGUGCCGGAUAAGAACGAGGGUAGUUUGGACCUACAGCAGGGUGAAAUAGAUGAUGCCGGUGGUGACAUAGCCCCCUUCGAAGACGAACCGAAGCAAACGGGUAACAAGGAUGCUAAAAGUGCCACCCAACCGGGUUAUGAAAAUUCGGACGAAUCCGAGGGCAUUGCUUCGGCAGAGGACAUCAACGAAAAUGGAGACGACCUUGAGUCGAACGGUUUUCAAUCGGUUGGAAAACAGCCAGUGGCACCCGAAAAGGUAAAACAGGACGAAUUUUCGGAAAGUUCCAAGGCAAGCGACAUCGUGUCUGUGGUCGAUCCGUUUUACGAUCAGAAGGAUUCGAACUUUUUCUCCUACUUCCUGUUCGCCAUGUUCAGUUGCGCGAUGCUGUACGUUGCAUAUCAUAACAAAUCGAAGUUGCUGGCAUUGGUCGUGGAGGGACGCCGGACGAGCAGUGGACGAGGUGGGUUCAGUAAAGGCCGCAAGCAUACGGCUGCCUAUCGGAAGCUGGACUCAAACCUGGAGGAAGCCAUCACAUCGGGCAGCGGUACGGGUGGACAUUCUUCAUCACAGAUUAUCUACUGAGCAUUAUACACCGUGUGAGUUGCGUAUCGUCGUUAGCUUCAUACGUUUGUGUUUCGACAAGCCACACACUCUCCCCCUUCUGAGAGAAAGAGGGCAUUUGUAAAUAUCCUUCCAUUCGUCGUUCCUUACUUUUGAGUAGACGCCACACUGACUUAUUUCUGACGCCUUAAUAGUUCGCCCGCCUGCACGUUGGCUACGCCUGUAGCGUAGGCGAUUUUCAACUGAUGAAAAUCGCCUUGUAUUUUCGCCUUUCGUCAUCACAGUUGAUUUCGAUUAGUUCUCUAUGUUAGAUAAUUCUACCAAGUGUAGAAUUAACUGAAAGCAAAUUACGUACGAUUUUUUACUUCGAUAGAAAUAAAGAAAAGAAAACACUGUAAAAUCCGAAAUAAAAAACGAAAAAACAUAGUAAUUUAAAAUUUA